AAAGGUGAUUGGUUCACAUUCGAUAUCAUGUCGGAAGUCAUUUUUGACAUGAGAUACGAAGCCCUGAAAAAGUCAACAUACCGCCACGUAACCCAGGCUAUUCAAGACUCGAAUGUUCGAGUAGGAACUCUCGUACAAGCCUAUUCUCUCACCACUGGUAGACUGGACCGAUACCUGUUUCCUGCGUCAAUUCAAGCCAGGAACGCAUUUCUCAAGUUCAUCACGUCGUUGCUGCGGGAUCGAUCUAAAUUGGCUCCUACUCAAGACAAAAGUGAUGUGUUCUCCUUCUUGGAAACAGCCAAAGAUCCAGACAAUGACAGCACGCUGACAAAGUCUGAAAUACGAGCAGAGUGUGCCACCCUCGUGGUUGCUGGAUCGGAUACAUCGUCCUCCACUCUCGCGGCAACGCUGUUCUAUCUGAGUGAAAAUCCCGGGGCAUAUGAAAGGCUGUGCCGAGAAAUCCGACAAAAGUUUUCAUCACUCGACGAAAUCAAGCUAGGUGCCCAGCUGAAUUCUUGCACUUAUCUCCGGGCAUGCAUCGAUGAAGCUCUUCGCAUGUCACCACCAGUAGGUGCGGCAUUAUGGAGGGAGGUCGGCACCGGUGGUAUCACGAUUGGUUCCGUGCAGUUACCACAAGGUAUCGACGUUGGCACCGGCAUCUACAGUCUGCACCACAAUGCCAAGUAUUUCCACGAGCCUUUCCGUUUCAAUCCUGAAAGGUGGCUCGUGGGUGAAAAUGGAGUCACGAAAGAGCAAGUUGAGCUCGCUCGAAAAGCAUUCAACCCAUUCUCUAGUGGUCCAAGAGGCUGCAUUGGCAAAGGUUUUGCUUACCAUGAGAUGACAUUGACGUUAUCUCAUAUCAUUUACCAGUUUGAUUUCCUUCGCUCCGAGCAUCUUACCAGGUUUGCUGGCAAGAGACCCAUGAUCCAGGGCCAUGCCCAGUUCGUUUUGAAGGAUCACAUCACAGGUGCGAAGGAAGGCCCAGAUCUUGUAUUCAGAAUACGCAUUUGAGGGACAAGAAUUAAGUACAUGUGAGAGUAUA